AUGCCUUCCACUAGCAUAGAUGAAUGGUCACUUUCCAUGUUAACAGGUGGAGUACCGACAUAUUUCCCGUAUUCACAAACUACAGCAUCAGUAUUCUCUCUCGAUGGAAGAUACUUGAUCACUACCUUAACUCAUCAGAUUCGAGUAUAUUUUAUAUCCACUAGGCAAUGCAUUAAAACGAUAGACCUUGAUUUGAACGAUUUGGCUGAUAUCAAGUUGGACGUAACGAAUCCAAACCAUGUAAUUCUUUUCACAAGUUUUGGUGAAAUCAUUACUGUUAAUUUCAAGGACAAAUUGAGCGAGCCAGUAGUGGCCAGGACUUCAAUACAACAGCAAUUGGGUAACUUGCUUUUGUUGUCGGUGGUUUGCGUGAAACAUAACAAGUUCGUUGUCAUUACGGGGAAAAGGGACAAGAAGAAGGGAUUUAGUCCACAUACGAGAUUCAUUAAUUCAAUCGAUCGAACAUCGGAGGUGGUAUCAGUCAUUGGCGAUGUUCCCAAUGUGUUAUUGUAUGCCGUGUCCCUAGAUUACAGAAAGUUGGCAUUUGUCAUGCAAGACCACAAGGUAUUGUUGUUGGAUUUAGCCACCUACUACGCCAAUAGUGAAGAAGAUCCACAGGUGACGACGACAUCAGUUCAAAAUUUGGAGUCUUUGAUUAUGAAAGAGGUGAUACCUUUCCAGUAUAGAUCACCGAUUACUUCUCUAGCAGUAUCGAAUGACUCAUUAAUUGCCUUGGGAACAAAUGCGGGGGUGAUUCAAAUAUUGUAUGGUGGCUUAGUAAACAAUGACAAGUCGCAACAACGUGUGUUCAAAUGGCACAUUGAUCAAGUGAAUGCGUUGCAGUUUUCGCAUGAUAACAAUUACCUUCUUUCUGGUGGUGCUGAAAAAGUAUUGGUAUUUUGGCAGUUGGAGACCGAAAAGAAACAAUUUCUACCAAGAUUGAAUGGAGUUAUUGACAAGAUAAACAUUGAUAAUAGCAAGAACGACUAUAUUGAAUUGCUAUUGAAAACGGGUGUCAACAAUUACGAAAUCUUGGUGUUGUCCUUGGUGGAUCUUGUGUCAAGAUUAUCGGUAAAUACAAUAAGACCCAAGUUCACCAACAACCUAAAAACCACUUUAUCUCGAACCAGGAAAAGGCUUGUUAAAGAAGGUUUGGAUCAGUUCAACAAACUCAAAUUGAGAUACGACUAUAGUUGUCAAUUUGAAAUUCACCCAAAGACAAAAAACUUGUAUUUCCCCAAUGAUUCAUCAAUUCAGUCAUUUGAUUUGGUCAAGAAUGAACAAAGUUUUAUUCAACAUGCAGCACCAGUUUUACCCACGGGUAAAGUACGUUCAGAAACUAAAUUGCUCGAUCCACAAAUCUCACUACUUCAAUUCACUCAAGAUGGUGAAUGGAUGUGUACUUACGAUGAAGUUGCCAGUGCGGAAAUCGAUUGUCUUUUGUCUACAGAUGAUAAGCAAUAUGCAUUAAAGUUUUGGAAAUUCGUUGAAAACAAAGAUAAGGAGAAGGAUAAAGAUCGUGAUAAUCGAAAUGGAUAUUGGGAAUUAACGACAAAGGUUAUUGAUCCUCAUGGGAAAUCAACACCAGUAAUGUCAAUGAUUCCAGCACCUGGCUCCUACUUCAAUGGGGUAGCAUUUUUAACUGUUGAUAACAAAGGUGGACUUCGUGUAUGGAGACCAUCGUACCCUAAGGAAGCCUACAAGGUGGCCAAUCCAGGUAAUAAAUCACAACAGAUUACUUGGACUUUGAGGAAGCAGAGGCCAUCUUCAAAUACAACAUCCGACGCAGUAGCUUUAGCAUGGUCAGAUGAUAGUUCCAUCAUAUUUCUAUCCCAUGAAUGUUCAAUUACUUGUUUUGAUAGUAGGACAUUUGACCCAUUGGAGUUUCAGCUACCUGUAUUAACUGAGUCAAAGAUCAGGACCAUUAAAUAUUUGAACAAUUACCUUGUUGUUUUAUCAAAGACGAGAUUUUUUGUUUACGAUUUAAUCAAGGGUCAAUUGACAAAUCUAGUCACCAGAGUGUCUACAACCAGUGGAGGUAAAAACAUGAUGACCAUCGACCCAUCAAGGAACCUAAUUUGUUUAGCAAUCAAUUCGUACACCAAUUACGAAUCUGAUUUGGAGAAUUUACAAAUCGGGUCUAAAUUGUACAUUUUCAAACCAGAUCAAUUGAAACCAGUAUCGGUGCAAAAUCACUCCCUGGGUAUUGCUGCAGUGAGAAAUGACAGUAAUGGAUUCUUGUUUAUUGAUUUAGAAACACGUGUUGGAUCAAUGAACUCUGCGUUGUUGGAGAUGGAGUCAAUUGAAGUGACUGGGUUGGCCAAUGAGAUUAAUCAAAUGUUGAUCACGGCUCAAGCAAAUGUUGAUUUAUUAGAUGAUGGUACCACAGCACCAGUGAAAUUCCAAUCCAAUGGACAAACUGAAAAUAUUGAUGAGGAUGAUGGAUCUAAAGUCAUUGACUUGCAUACAUUCCAACCUAUUUUCCAAAACCUUGAUGGAAUUCAAAUAGAAACCAUAUUUGAUCGUAUAUCGAACAUUCUCAAGUAA